UCUUUACUCUUCAUGCUGCACCUACCUUGGAGGUCGUCGCAGCUCUUCUUCUAGUAUACGCUCUGCAUCGGAGAUACCUGAGUGCGGCUGUGCCACCUGAGUAGAUUGCAACCAUGAUGUCACGAGGUUGUGCGCAAAGGACAUUGACAAGUCCAUCUGGGCUUGCAAGGUUUCUGAGUCGAUUUCAUCGUCCAUUGAUGAACUGUGGUAUUUCCCACGAUGGCCUUUCCGUACGUCGAGCUCAAGCGACAGGAUGGUUAACAAACGCAAGAGGGAGGAACCAGAAGAUUCCGACCUGGAUGAACCUGCCCCGGGAAAGCAGAUACUGCCAGUAGCCAAUCUUCCAGAGGAUUUCAAUGGCGAUCCCGCAGACGGAAUGCAAUACCUCUUUCUCGUCAGACGAGAUGCGCGCCGUUUACCACGUAUUAAAAGGGCACACAAUCCUUACGAGGAAUCAGUCCGUCCUCCUGUUCUUCCCCUGAGCGCGCUUGCAAAGGGCGUACUACCAUGUGAGAAGUGGCGGGACAUCUUCCAGUCUCGUUUCCGUAACCUCAGAAAGAACAUGAUGCAACCCACGGUACAUGUCCGACAUAGCAGUUUAAUCCAGUCAUUAAUCCCGGAGAAGAAGGACCGUGAGGCGUGGUGGAAGUUUCUGGCUGGCCGACCGGAAUCGGAGUGGAGUCCUGCUGCUCGAGCAGAGUCGCGCAAAAAGUCCAAGCCCUCACACAACACGUCGGUUGUUCUUGAACGUCUGAGAAAUGCAGGCCAAGGAAUCGACACUGUUCCUCCCAGCGGGCAGAACCCCGUUGAAACUCCCGGUAAUGAUACACAAACCAUUGCAGUUGCGAAUCUGCCCUCUCGGGUGAUGACCGAACCCUCAGAUAACAACCUCGCUACUAUUUCGAUGUUACAGGAUCAAGCUCAGCAAGAGGACGCCAAACUAAUGCCCCGGGAAGCCACGCCAAGUCGCUUGCGAGGAAUCGAUCAUCGAAUGUCCAUUCACCUUCUCAUGUACUUUGCGCAUUGGAUUAACCUCCACCUUCAAAAUUUCGACGACGCUUCAACGAUUAUUACCAACAGUCAUGCGCGAUGGAUGCUUUCACUUCUCACGAAGGUGGAGGACACGGUGUCAGCUGACGAAAUGAGUCUCCUCCGCAAUCUUGCGCGUGCAUGCCUUGGGAUUUUACAGACACGGCGAGACCUGAAGAACGCAGACCGCGUCGAGGCGGCGGAAGCAAUUUCGGACGCGUCAUGUUGGAUGGUAUUUACGGCAGUUGCCAGUGUCUGGGGUCAAAAGGAUCUCUGGACAGACGCCGAAGAUGUCUUGUCACUGUCGUAAUUCAAGUCGCCUGUCCAACUCCCGUAGCCUUAAUGCACUGGGCACAUCCAUAGUUUAGUCCUUGAACCUGGACCUGUGGCCUACUCGUUUACCGUGCGGCAAACAUGCAUUCAACGAUCGGUUUACUCGAAGGGGUUGUUGCC